AUGCUGCUUCUCGCCGCUCUCAUUUCUCUAGCGCUGCAGGCCGGCGUCGUUUAUGGAGAUCUUUUGGCUCGAGCUGGCCCUCUCGUCGACGCGACAUUCGACUACGUGGUCGUAGGUGGUGGCACAGGCGGGAUUGUUGUGGGAACUCGACUCGCGCAGCAUGGCUCCAAAGUCGCAUUAGUUGAAGGUGGAGGACUCUAUGAGCUUGAGUCCCUAGCAGAAGUCCCCACGGCUGAUGUACUCCUAUGCGGCUCGGAUCCAAACACUCAGUCUGCUGCAGAUUGGGGAUUUGUGACAUAUGGUCAACCAGGUGCAAAUGGGCGUUCUAUUCAUUAUGCUCGUGGGAAGUGUUUGGGCGGAUCACCAACAGUUGAAUCAAUGCAGCAGUGGGCUGAUACGGUCAACGACAGCAGCUAUACCUUUGAUAAUGUUCUCCCAUACUACAAGAAAAGCGUUCAGUUCACACCACCCAACUCGCUAGACCGCGCCGCCAACGCCUCUGCAGCUUACAAUGCGAAUGUUUUCGAGUCAAGCGGUGGUCCAUUGCAGGUGUCUUAUGCCAACUAUGCUAUGCCUUUUUCUUCCUGGAUGAAGCUCGGCAUGGAGGCAAUUGGCAUCAACGAAUCGAAAGAUUUCAACUCGGGCACUUUGAUGGGAGCACAGUAUUGUUCUUCAACCAUUGACCCUUCAAAUGAGCUUUGCAGCAGCUCUCAGGCGUCUUUCCUGACCCAUAUUACCCCGUCCACUUUGACCACCUAUAGCUCUACACUGGCGAAGAAAAUCGUUUUUGACUCACAAAAGAAAGCCACCGGUGUGCAGGUGAAAGGACUACUUGGGAACACUGUCACUCUUCACGCAUCCAAUGAGGUUAUUAUCUCUGCUGGUACUUUCCAGUCACCUCAGCUUCUGAUGGUCUCUGGCGUCGGUCCCUCCGAUGAACUACAAGAGCUUGGAAUUGAUGUUGUUGCCGACCUUCCUGGGGUUGGCCAGAACAUGUGGGAUCAUCCAUUCUUUGCUCCUACCUACCGUGUGCAGGUCGAUACUCUCACCAAGUUUGCUAACAACCUGGUUUAUGCUGCUGAAAGCGUUGUUGGUGGACUAUUUGCAAAGACAGGUCCGAUCACUAACCCAGUCGCGGAUUACCUCGCUUGGGAGAAGAUCCCGCAGACCCUUCGCUCGCAGUUCUCACAAAGCUCGCUGGAGUCGUUGGCAAAAUUUCCCAGUGACUGGCCCGAGCCGAGGUAA